UUGGAGAUGUCUAAUGAACCCGGUCCAACAUGGCACCCAAAUUUAGGCAAAUUGGGCCCUUCCAAAAUGGGCCCCCACUGGGCCCAAUUAGCCCAUUGACCCGGCCCAGGUUUUCCUCCUUCAAAAAUCACUCCCUUGCCCCUCUCCUGGCUCCUCAAGCGCAUUCUCGUCUUCCUCUCCUUCUCCUUCUCCUUCUUCCUCUUCUCCAAUGGAGUCAUCUCCAGACGACAUCGCCGACGACCUGCAGAGCCUCAGCUUCAACUCAACUAACACCAACCGCAGCACCAGCUCCGGCUCCGAGACUACUCUCACCGCCUCCUCUUCCUCCCUUAACAUCCCUUCCAUUCUCAGUAAACCUCACGCGCCUUCCUCCGACCCUUGCUGGUCCGCUGUGAACCGGAUCCGAUCCGAAUCUUCGUUUCGCCAACUCGCCUUCUCCGACCUUAAGUUCUUCCACCGCCUCGGCUCAGGUGACAUUGGCUCCGUCUACCUCUCCGGUCUCAAGUCUGCUGGAACUGACGGAUGCUUGUUUGCAGCGAAGGUAAUGGAUAAGAAGGAACUGGCGAGUCGGAGUAAAGAAGGAAGAGCGAGGACUGAGAGGGAGAUUUUGGAGUCUCUGGACCAUCCAUUUCUACCAACGCUUUAUGCUAGUAUCGACUCACCGAAGUGGCUCUGUCUCUUGACUGAGUUUUGUCCCGGCGGCGACCUCCAUGUUCUCCGGCAACGGCAACCUAACAAACGAUUCCAUGAACUCGCCGUGAGAUUCUAUGCAUCGGAGAUAGUGGUCGCUAUCGAAUACCUUCACAUGAUGGGGAUUGUUUACCGUGAUCUGAAGCCGGAAAAUGUGCUGGUACGAUCGGACGGCCAUAUCAUGCUCACUGAUUUUGAUCUCUCUUUGAAGUGCGAGGAAUCAACAGCGACCCCACAGGUUAUCAAUGCUAAAAAUCCGAUGAAUGGCACCGCCCCGUUAAAGGACUAUCAAAUUGAUGCCCCUCCUUUCACAUCAUCCUCUUGCAUACUUCCAAACUGUAUAGUCCCCGCCGUGUCAUGUUUCAACCCAAAACGCAAGCGAAAGAAGAAGUCUGGACAUCGCAAUGGACCCGAGUUUGUGGCUGAACCAGUUGACGUCCGGUCAAUGUCAUUUGUCGGCACCCACGAGUACUUGGCACCGGAGAUUGUCUCAGGUGAGGGCCAUGGAAGCGCAGUGGACUGGUGGACCUUGGGGGUGUUUGUGUUUGAGUUGUUUUAUGGAGUGACACCUUUUAGAGGCAUGGACAAUGAACUUACCUUGGCCAAUAUAGUUGCUAGAGCCCUUGAGUUCCCUAAAGAACCAGCAGUGCCAACAGCAGCUAAGGACCUCAUCUCUCAGUUGUUGAUCAAAGACCCGGCGAGACGGUUGGGAUCAACGACAGGGUCAUCGGCGAUCAAGCACCAUUCAUUUUUUCAAGGGGUAAAUUGGGCAUUAUUGAGAUGUACGUCGCCACCAUUUAUUCCUCCACCUUUUAGUAGAGAGAAAAUUGCAUCAGAUGAAAGCUGCACAGAAGCCCCAGUGGACUAUUAUUAGUGGCUAAAGUAAGCAAGAUUGGUUUUAUUAUGGGAUUAGUUAUUUUCAGCCAGCAACGGUCGCACAAUUUUCCACAGCCUAUUUUGCGAGCACAUGGCCUUUGUAAAUCUUAAUGUGCAUAUAUUAAUAAAGCACACUUCAUUGAAAUAUAGUUUUAAGCUAUGACCUAGAGAGAGACAACGUCAACCAUAUUAGCUAGCUGGUUGAGAUUUUAGAGUUAUAUUUAUAAUAGUUGUACUAGAUCUCGUGCCUUGUUUAGAUUCUAAUCCAAAAGUUAACUCAACGAGUAAAAUAUAAAAUAUCUUAUCAUGCAGUGGUAAGAAAAAUGCCUUGAAUUUGAUGCAUUUGAUUGAUCCAAUAAACCCUCUUUAAUAGUUGGUGAA